CAGUUACCUUGCUGAGAAGCUCCAUAAGGAUAUAUGGGAAAGGCUGGCAGUGGCACACAGCAGAAAAACGUGACUUCUGGUAAUAGAGCUCCACAAGUACAAAGCCCUGCAAGGUGCAGAUGUGUCUGUGUGCACACACACUCAGUGGCUGAAGAGCUGUAUGCAGUUUGUCCUUCCCCAUGACCUCCUGCCCUGUGCCAGCUGCAGCUGUCUGGAAGCUCAGGGAUGGAGUCUUGAUAACUGUGUUUGACUCUGUGGGGAUGCACUCCAGAUGCAUGAGACAGGGCCUUGGUUGUGGAGGAUUGUAAAACAGGAGCCAAUUAUGCCAGCCUGAAGCUCAGCCUUUGAGAGUGUGAUGCUGUUGUUCCCUACGCAUACAGCACGUAAGCUAAAGAUGCUGGAUUGCACUGUCUUCCCUCUGGACCACAAGGACCCAAACAAUUGAUCUAUUGUAGAAGGAACAAAACCUGAGACUGAAAGUGGUGAGUCAUCUGCUGCAAGGCAGAGGAGGGUCAGCUCUGCAGCUGAAGUAAAUUAGCAGUGUUUCAGGCUGUGCUUAUUUACACCUGCUGCUGCUCUGCCUUCUUCGUCAGGCCCUCUGGCAUCUGCUGAACCACAUGGAGAUGAAAAGACCUAUAAAUGCCACAUCAUUUCAUAUUUUAGAAACAAACCUGUCUGUUGUGUGAGCUGUAAGGCUGAGCAGAAAACUUCUCAUAUACUUGAAAUAUACCGACAUUUCACCUGAAGCAGCUACAGCUCAAAGCUUACCAUAGCCCAGAAAUAGUUCGCCAUCUUGUGCCGGUUUUGAAGUACUGCCCAGACGAAUAAAUCCCUCCAAGGAUUUUCGGUCUUCUGGUUCAUAUCCAAGUGCCCAGCUUCCUUAUUGUGCUGAUAUGCCUUAUCUUCAGCGUGCUUUCUACAAUUGAACAGUAUGCAGCUCUUGCUACAGGGACGUUAUUUUGGAUGGAAAUUGUAUUAGUAGUAUUCUUCGGAACAGAAUAUGUGGUUCGGUUAUGGUCAGCAGGAUGCCGCAGUAAAUAUGUUGGAAUAUGGGGAAGGCUUCGUUUUGCUAGGAAGCCUAUUUCAAUCAUUGAUUUAAUUGUAGUUAUUGCUUCCAUGAUAGUUCUUUGUGUGGGCUCUAAAGGUCAAGUCUUUGCAACCUCGGCUAUCAGGGGCAUCCGCUUUCUGCAGAUAUUGCGAAUGCUACAUGUUGACCGUCAGGGUGGUACAUGGAGACUGCUGGGAUCAGUAGUGUUCAUACACAGACAAGAACUGAUAACUACACUCUACAUUGGAUUUCUGGGCCUGAUUUUUUCCUCUUAUUUUGUAUACCUGGCUGAAAAAGAUGCUGUAAAUGAUUCUGGAGAAACAGAGUUUGGCAGCUAUGCAGAUGCGCUGUGGUGGGGAGUAGUGACUGUUACAACUAUUGGCUAUGGAGAUAAAGUGCCUCAGACUUGGAUAGGAAAGACCAUUGCAUCUUGUUUUUCAGUAUUUGCAAUUUCAUUUUUUGCACUACCUGCGGGAAUUCUUGGUUCAGGCUUUGCCCUAAAGGUACAACAGAAACAAAGACAGAAGCAUUUCAACCGUCAAAUUCCAGCUGCUGCUUCUCUCAUACAGACUGCAUGGCGAUGCUACGCAGCAGAAAACCCAGACUCUUCUACAUGGAAAAUAUAUAUUAGAAAACCUGCCAGAAAUUAUCAUUUGCUGUCACCCAGCCCAAAACCGAAGAAAUCAGUGAUGGUUAAAAGGAAGAAAUUUAAAUUAGACAAAGACAAUGGGCCUUCUUCUCCAGAUAGGACAUUAACUGUUCCACACAUAACUUAUGACCACGUGAUGGAGGACAGGAAACCUGAUUUCAGUUUUGAAGCAUAUGAAAAUCCUGGACAAGCAGGAAUGUUAAAAUUGCUUGAUUGUCAGCGCUCCUGGCCAUCCUUUUCUGCAGACCAGCAGUCUUCCAGUGCUCCUUCCUCUCCAGUGAAAAAAAGCCCGACUUUUUUAGAUGUGAGCACAGGACACUUCAUCAGGACCAGCAGUUUUGCCGAUGAGCUUGAUCUGGAGGGUGAGACACUGUUGACCCCAAUAACUCACAUCUCACAGCUGCGAGAACACCACCGCGCUGCAAUUAAGGUGAUUCGUAGGAUGCAGUAUUUUGUGGCAAAGAAAAAGUUUCAGCAAGCUAGAAAGCCCUAUGAUGUCCGAGAUGUUAUUGAGCAAUAUUCUCAGGGUCACCUCAACCUGAUGGUGCGAAUCAAGGAAUUACAGAGGAGGUUGGACCAAUCCAUAGGGAAGCCAUCUCUUUUUAUAUCUGUGUCAGAAAAAAGCAAGGAUCGAGGGAAUAACACGAUUGGUGCCAGGCUGAACAGAGUGGAGGACAAGGUUACACAAAUGGACCAGAAACUGAACCUCAUUACAGAUAUGCUGCAUCAUCUGAUUUCCUGUCAGCAAGGGGACCAAGGAAACAACAGAACAUCUCAGAGAGGCAACAAUGUCAAUUCAGAUCUUUUCCUCCCUAAUAACACCCUGCCAACCUACGAUCAACUGACGGUACCGAGGGAAAAUGAAGAUGAUAUAUCCUGAUGCAGUAUAAGUCUGGGGUGGGUUCUUCCCACCUUUCUCCUUUAAAUGGGACUGAAUGUUGACAACCUGGAAGGAAUUAGGUUUAUCAGCCAUUUGAGAAAACACACAACUACUGUAUCUAUACCACUAGUCUCAAAUACCCUCUUCUAAAGCCACUCAUAAUAGUGAAAGGAUUGCCAGGCUGUCUUCUACCAGGCAAAACUUACUGAAACUCCACAUUUAUUUUGUUCAUGAACAAAUGAUCACAGCUCAUUAUUUCUUAGAAAGAAAAAAAAAAAAAAAAAAAAAAACCACC